UGUGAUAACAGUUCGUCACAAUUCGUAAGCAGUAAGCACGUGACUCGAUAUGUGCGACGAAAGAAUUAUUCUGUAAGGUUGCUAUGAAUCGUACUUGUUUGCUACAUCAUUAAUAAACAAGAUAAAGUCGUGCUGUUCAUCACUUAAGGUCAAAACCAUUUAAAAUGGGUAUAACCAAGCAAUACUUGCGUUAUGUUCCAUUGAAAAAUUUCAAUAUUGUUUGCCAUCCUGACUGUAACAUAGUCUUUGUAACGCUGAACGGUAUUUCUGACAGAUAUGUAGCUGUUGGUGCUUGUGAAAAUGUUAUAAUUUGGGACUUGCGUUUGGAAAAAUUGGUUAUGACAAUUGAAGAUGAAGAUAUGAAAAAUAAUACAUCAAAAAAAAUAUCUGUCGUUAAGUUAGCCACUACUCCGGAAGGUAAACAUAUUGCUGUAGGCUAUUCUGAUGGUUUAGUGAAUACGUUUAAUUUGGCGACUGGUGAACUUAUUGGAACAUUCCAAGGUCAUCGUUCAACCAUUACUGCACUAACUUAUGACACUCAUGGUCACAUGCUCGCUUCAGGUUCCAAAGAUACUGAAGCAGUAAUUUGGGAUGUUAUAGCAGAAAAAGGUUUACAUAGAUUGUCUGGUCACAAGGGUGUAGUGACAGGAGUCCAGUUUAUUAACAAGCACAACCUUGUGGUGACAUCAUCAAAGGAUACUUAUAUUAAGUUUUGGGAUUUAACAACUGGGCACUGUUUCAAGACAUUGGCAGGUCAUAUAACUGAAGUAUGGACUUUGUCUAUUUUACGCAAUGACGAUUUUGUAGUUGCUGGCAGCAAUGACGCUGAACUACGUACUUGGAAAAUAUCAAAAAUGAAUGAUGAGGAAUCUGAGAUUAAAAUGUCUGAGCUUUUGUCUUCAGAUAACUUAUUAGAUUUUGCUUCAUCAAUAAAAUGUGAAAAAAGUGGAUCUUUAAUGAGAGAAGGUCCUGGCCGUGUUGUUUCAUCAGCUACAGAUAAUACAAAUCAUGUUCUCUGUGUUCAUGGACAUGGUAAAUUGUUGGAGUUAUUUAUUUUUAGUGGGGAUGGUGAAGCAUUAGAACGUUUACGUAAUCGUCAAAGAAAAUUUAGGAAAAAAGCUUCUAAGCGUGGUGAGAAUGAUGAAGAUAUUGCAUUUUUAAAUGAAAAAAAUCCUGCAUUGCAAGAUGUAGUUCGACGUUUACCUCCUAUUUUAACUGACUACAAAAUUAAAUCUGCUGAUUUGGUUGUAAAUCAAACCCAUGUUAAAGUUGUAGUGAGUAUGGCAGAUAACACUUUAGCAUUUUAUUCUGUGUCAUUAGCAGUUGGUAAAGAAGUAAAACGAAUUCGGAAGAUUUCGUUACAUGGCCAUAGAUCUAAUGUAAGAGUUUUAGCAUUUAGUUCAGACAAUUUAGCUGUAUUCACUGGAGGUUCAGAGUCUGUAAAAAUGUGGAACAAAAAAUCUCUUAAUUGCAUUCGAACUGUGGAAACAUCAAGUCCUGUUCAGUGUUUAUGUGUGGUUCCCGGCGACAGACAUAUUUUAGCUGGUCUUGAUGAUGGUAAAUUGUUGGUAAUUGACAUAGCUGCAGGAGAUAUUAUUGAAAGCAUUUCUGCACAUCUAAAAGAUUUGAAAUCAAUUUAUAUGUUACCAGACGAGUUGGGCUGUAUUACGGGCGGUGGUGAUAGUACAGUUAAACUAUGGCAAUUGGAAUUAGUAAUUUUGCCAAAUACUGAUCGAAAAGUAUUAUCGUUAUUGCACCUGAAGACAUUAGAGUUGGAUGAAAAUGUACAGUGUUCAAGAGUAAGCCCAGAUAACAAAUUAUUAGCAGUUGCUCUUUUAGAUAACACUGUCAAAAUAUUUUUUAUGGACACAUUUAAGCACUUUAUUGAUCUUUAUGGACACACACUACCGGUUAAUGAUAUGGACAUAAGCUAUGAUUCAUCAAUUAUUAUAACUGCAAGUGGUGAUAAGACAAUCAGAAUUUGGGGCUUGGAUUAUGGAGACUGUCAUAGGCGUUUAACUACAGAGUCUACUUUGACCAGUAUUAAGUUUAUUCCCAAGACUCAUCAGUUUUUCACUACCGAUAAGAAUGGAAACGUUAAACAUUGGGAUGCCGAUGUCUUUGAAAGAGUCCUGACACUUCAAGGUCACCGAGGGGAAUGUUAUAAUAUGUCUGUGAGUGGAAAUGGUCAUUAUAUUGCGAGUUGUGGCCAAGACAAUGUUAUACGCUUAUAUGAGAAAACUGAAGAGCCUCUUGUAUUAGAAGAUGAACGGGAAGAAGAAAGGACACAAGAAGAUGAAAAAGAACUAGCCACUGGUGAAGAAACCAAUGUGUAUGGAGGGCCAUCUGUUCUUGCAUUACCAACAAAAAAGACCAUUUCAUCUGAAAAAGCUGCUGAAUUAUUAUUGGAGUGUUUAAAUGUAAUCAAAGAGUACAAAGAUAGCCUAUUAGAAAACGAAACUAAAGGUCUAGACAAACCAUCAUUACCAAUAAUAAUGACUGCGUUUAAUGUUAAAAAUACUGACGAUUAUUUAUUAGAAAUAAUUAAAAGAAUACGCUCAAGUGAGUUGGAAGAGGUUUUAUUACUGAUGCCUUUUUCAAGUGUAUGUUAUUUUAUGGAAGCGUUAAUACCAUUGUUAAAUCAUAUGCACCACGGAAUUGAGCCAGUUGUCCGAUCACUUAUAUUUUUAGUACAAACAUUGCAUAAACCAAUAUCAUCUGUCAAAGAUAUGAUGCCUAUCCUAAGGCAAUUAAAUGUACUUGCAACAAAGAAAACUAAUGAAUUUAGAGAUUUAGUGGGUGAAAAUUUACACUCAUUGAUGUUCAUAAACAAUAGCCAAGAAGAAGAAGAAUUAGUAUUCAACAUUACACAAAAUGUUCAAAAGAAAAGAAAACGACAAAAGCAAAAACUGUUAAAAACUGUUAUUGUUAAUAUUUAAUGUGAAUUUUUUAUGAGAAU